AUGAUAUCGACAGGACACUCAUCUACUGUACUUCGCAUAAAAUCGUCGACGGCGAAAUCAAACAGGAAAGCUCCUGCCACUGCUCCUCGUCUUACUGGAGCCGCGUACACGAGUCUGAUUGGCUUCUGCGAUAUCUCCGCGUGCCGUCUGCUGCACUACAGGAGAGAUCAGCCUGUCAUCAGCGUCGAAAAUUACACCAUAUACCGCGCCGAUGCUGAUGAGAAGAAAGUAGAUGGUUGCGCAAUAACUGUGAGGAACGAUUACAACAACCUGCCAGCGGUCAUUGCGAAUAUGGGACUCGAACAACAAUCCGAUGUGCUAAGAAAAUGGUAUUAUCCAGCAAAGCGCACGUUGGACAACGGUGACCGUCUAGUCGACUUAAGUGAACAGACGGGUCUCAUCAUCGCUUCCAUGUUUAAGAGGAAUCAUCAACGCCAUCAGCUCAAGUGGAUGGCGUCAACUCUUUUAACGCCUGAAGAGCACCGCAAGCGGAAGAUGAGGACUCUUAAGCUUCAGCUCAACUACGUUCUAGCGAGGAACAUUCCUAGAGCGAAGGAGUUUGAAAAGACGUGGGAAGACAAGAACUUGCGGAAAACCUAUGCUUCACUAAAACAGUAUAGCGGCAAAAUGAAAAGAUGUUCUCCAGUCUUCAACACUGCCAAUGAAGUGGCUGUCGGUGAAACAACGUUUCCAAUUUGGAGGGAUCACGUCAAGACCUUGCUGAACCGGCAAGCGCCGUCAGCUCCUGAACUCGAGCACGUUCACAGACCGACAUAUGUGGUUAACGAGGAACCACCGACGGAGUCGGAAGUUCUGGUCAAAAUACGAAAGAUCAAAAAUCUGGUGGAGACAACGGAAUCAGCGCAGAAAUGCUGA